CAAUGACAACGCACAAAACACUGAUUUAAAUGUCCGGAGUAUGUGAUAACUUAGUAUUUGAAAAUCCACUAUAUACCAUUGAUCAGAAAGAAAUACUUCAAGCAUUAGCAGAUGCUGGUUUACUCAAUAAUGAAAAGCUUAUCCUGGAAGUUGUGAACCAAGCUAUUAAUUUCGCGAAGACGGAGAACUUCAAUUUUUCUCAUCUAUGCGCACUUGUUUCAGUAAUAGACAGAGUUAUGAAAGAGCUUUCAAGCUCACCAUAUGACGAUAUGCAAGGCGUAUUGGGUGUAGCAGACAAAAUGAUGUUGAGUUAUUCUAUUCAGUAUUUGUUCAGAGACCUCCACAUUGUAUCGAGCUAUUUUCGAUUUCUGGUUCGUCAAAGUCCGUUGAAUUUCUUGUUGAUAUACUGUUCAGACACUGGAAACUUUACAAGUUUGCAUUAGCACCAACUGCCCGCCUGGUGCCCCAAAUAAUCUAUGACGGGAACAGUCAUAAACCACAAGCUGUCGAGAUGAAACCAUCAGGAACUAGUAUACUGUAUUCAAUCUUGAAAUAUGCAUUGGAAGAUCAAAUUGAAGCUACCAAAAACAAAACUGAGAUUCGUAAUUCAUAGAAUAAAAAACCUCAUACUUCCCAUCUAGAACUUUGCCUUUUUUGUUCUUAUACGAUUGCCUGUAUCACCUUAAAGA